AUGCAUCCUCACUUACAUACGAAGGAUAACAUGGCAUGCGAGGAGGUCAUGACCGCCCUCGAAGAAUGUCAUGCCAGGGGCUUCCUAUGGAAGUCAAUGGGAAUGUGCAACGAUGCGAAAGACAAAGUGACCCUAUGCUUACGAGCUGAACGACUGAAACGUACCGCGAACAACCGAGAAGCUGCGAAGGCUAAGCGCGAUUCGAUUAGGAGGGCGUGGACUGAGAUCGAUGAAAACUCAUAA